GCCGCUUCUCUACUGCCGCUGUUUUGGGUUUUGAGGAGGGGGCAUGGUGGUGCGCUCUGUAUUUGAAAGUAUCAUGUUACAAGUUUUUACCACGACUGGGUUCUACUUUAAAAUUUUCUAACGUUGUUAUUGCCAUGUGUACAUUGGUAUUGAGUACAAACAAACACACAAGGAAAGCCGCGCAGGCAAUUUAACACGCUGUGUUUGAAGCAGGGGUUGAGAGCAGAGCGCAUUUCAUAUCCUCGCCCCGGGUUGGGGAACACUUGCUAUUUCUAGCAGUCGCUGACUCAGGUGGACGACACUCAACUUGCAAUGAUCCCACCACGAAGCUAUACUCAACACCAAAAGGGCGUUUAAAACAACAAAACACCACAAAACCAACAUAAAAAUGGAUACUCCUUCAAAAGAAGAAAGCGAUCAAAUGGAGCCUGAAAUACAAAAUUUACAGGACGAGGCGUCGGGAACUAUUGACGUCGAGGAUGAGGACGAGUUUGAAGAGCUCCACAACAGUUUGAAGGAAGUGGUCCAAGAUCCAUCUGUCAAGCCCAAGCUUCAGUGCCUGAUGGUGGACCCCUCAUUCUCCAUGGUGACGGUGCAGAGCGAGGACAGCGGGAUUGUCUGGGAGACCACCUCCAGCAGGUGCUCUACACCCUGGGCGUCCGAGGCAGGAAGCUCCCCGUCGGAAUACAGUGUGGAAAGUUCCGGGCCCACCCAGGGGAAGAUCACCGUCAUCAUGGAUGAGGAGAGGAUUGUGAGGAAGCGCAAGAAGAGUGGCAGGAGCAAGUUUGGAGACAGGCACAAGAGGCCCGGUUCCAGAACGUCCGGAACUGCGUACGGAGCCGAGAGGCCAGCCAUGGCGGAGGUGUCCGUGCCCAAUGUGAGGCCUGAAAACGAAACGGUGUCAGAGCUGAAGGUGGAUAAAGAUGAGGAGAUUUUCGGGCUGAUCUCAGAGGGGUACGAGAUCCUUAACAUUUUGGUGCCAUCAAGGCUCCCCACUGUGGCUGAAGAAGAGGCAUCUGAUUUGGUGGACAACUUGUCCUAUUUGCUGGACACCCCAAAGAUUAAAUGCAAAAGUAAACCACCUCCAGCUCCUGAAGGUUAUGACCUUAUUAUAGAGACAGAAAUACAGGAAACGGAUGAAGAAAAGAAGCAAGCAGAGGCCUUCGAGGCUUUGAAAGCAAAGAAACAGGGCAAUGAUGACGACUACCUAGAGAAAUUUAUAUUAGUAGAUCCACAUGCACCUGACGAGCAGCCUAGUCCUGCAGAAAUCCCUGGGCAAGGAGACGUUGUCCUGGAGCCAGAAGAGGUUAAACCUGAAGAGGUGGUUAAGCCAAAACCCAGUCCACCAUUAGAGGAGAGCUAUGUGGUCAUCACAGAUGAUGAGAUUGAGACCGAGCACUUUGAUGAGGUAUUUUAUGCCAAUACUGGCGAGAUGCCUGAAGAACCUGAAGAAGAUGAGGAUGCUCAUGCAAUAAAAGGUGAACCAAAAUCUCUGAAGGAGAGUGGCUCAGCCUUGUUUGGCAGUCAAGAGACAAUUCUCAUGCCCGUUUACCUGCCAGAAGGGCCACCAAAAAUAAUAGACCAAUGUCUUCUUGAGGAGCCGAGAGCUAUGUCUUUUCUCUAUAGUGACCUCUAUGAUGAGGUUGUAACCACCAGGAGGAUUGAUGAUGGAGACCAGUCAGAUGCUGAGAGUGUGGUGUCUGAAAAGGCCUACAAAAGAAAGUUUUCUAUGGCUGAGGAAGAAGAAGGCUACCUGGAAAAGUUCAUUUUGAUAGAUGAGACUCAAGUUGUCAAUGUGCCACCUGAAAUUAUUGAUGAUGUGAAAGAAGGAGACAGAAUAAUUUGGCCACAGAGUAAAUUUGAGCUGACGGGAUGUUUGAAGAGGGCAAACGAAGAUGAAGACUUGAAAGAGGAAACAAAAGUCCCACAGACUGAAGAAAUUACAGAAAGUGAAGCGCCUCAGUCUGAGUGUAAGGAAAUUACAGGAGAGAUGGAGAUGGUGACCGAGAGUCAAGAAUCCGUAACUGAAGCUGCUAGUGCCACUGAGGUCAAAAUGGCACCUUCAGUGGAAGAGGUUGAACCAAGUAAAGUUGAAGUUGAAGAAACAGCCAUUAGCAAAGAAACACCUGACAUUCCUCUUAAUAAGCCAGAAGCAAUUGUUACAGAAACUGAAAUUGCAAAUCAUGAUGAGGCAACAGAAAAGCCAAGAGAAAUAACAGAGAGCGUGAGUGAACUUGUGAAAGAAGUCUCUGAAGUGGAAAAGACACCUGCAGUGGAACAAUCUGAACCUGCGAUUAAAAGUCAAGAUGAAGCUGAGGAAACUGUUAUUAGUGAAGAAAAACUUGACGUUCCUCCUGAGAAGUCAGACGUCACUGUUGUAGAACCUGAAAGCGUGAAGAAAGAUGAGGUACCAGAAACGGCAAAAGAAUUAACAGAGACAGAAUCCAGAAAAGAUGCCACUGAGGUGGAAAAGACACCUGCAGUGGAACAAUCUGAACCUGCGAUUAAAAGUCAAGAUGAAGCUGAGGAAACUGUUAUUAGUGAAGAAAAACUUGACGUUCCUCCUGAGAAGUCAGACGUCACUGUUGUAGAACCUGAAAGCGUGAAGAAAGAUGAGGUACCAGAAACGGCAAAAGAAUUGACAGAACCCACAAAAGAUACCACUGAGAUGGAAAAGUCACAUGCAGUAGAACAAUCUAAAGCUUGUGAAAUUGAAGCUGAAGAAAAAGUUAUUACCGAAGAAAAACCUGCCAUUCUUCUGGAAAAAUCAGAGGUCAUUGUUGCAGAAGCUCAAAUUGGGAAACCAGAUGAGGUACCAGAAACACCAAAAGAAUUAAUAAAGAUAUUGAGUGAACCUGUAAAAGAUGACACAGACGUCGAAAAGACACCUGCAGUAGAACAGGCUGAACCAAUUAAAGUUGAAGUUGAAGAAGCAGUCAUUGGUGAAGAAAAAGCUGAUGUUCUUCUCAAAACGUCAGAAGUAAUUGUAACAGAAACUGAAAUCGCAAAGCCUGAUGAGGUACUAGAAACACCAAAAGAAUUAACAGAGACAGUGAGUGAACCCACUAAAGUCGACACUGAGGUUGAAAAGUCAGCUUCAGUGGAACACACUGAACCAAGUCACGUUGAAGCUGGGGAACCUGCCAUUAGUGAAGAAACACCUGAUGUUUCCAUUGAAAAGUCAGUAAUUGUCACAGAAACUGAAAUUGAAAAGUCUGAUGGGGUACCAGAAAUGCCAAAAGAGUUAAUAGAGACAGUGAGUGAAUCUGUCAUUAGUGAAGAAACACCUGAAGUUCCCAUUGAAAUGUCAGAACCUGAACCUAUAAAAGAGCAGAAGGAGGUGCAGGAAGUUAUCACAGACACAGAGAAAAGUGUCUCCAUAGAGGAGCCAGUAAAGGUUGAGGAUGUAAAAAGUGUGCCAAAAGAUGUCAUCGAAGCAGCAGAAGCUGAGUUGCCUGUGGAAUCUUCUGCAAGUGGAAUUCAAGAAGAAGUAGUUGAAUCAGUAUCACAAGAACAAGUACAGCCGGAGAGUGUAGUUGAACCAGAAAAAACAGAGACGAAUGUAGAAGAAGCAAUCAAAGAACCUGCACCUGAGAGUGUGGAAGAAAUUAAAAAGGCAACCGAAAAGCCAAUUGAGACUGAGAUAGUAGUUGAGGAAAAAACAGAGGAGAAAAUAGAAAAAUCUGAAACCUCAAUUGAAGAGGUUGAUGUGUCACAGAUGAAAACAGACAUAAUUUGUGACACUGGCGAAUCUAAAACAGAUGAUGAACAACCCAUUGAGUCAAAGGAAAAAUCAUACAGUGUGACACUUCCCCUAGGUAAAAUGACGAUAGAUUUUGUCAUACAGGGUGUCAACAGGGACAUGCUCGCUGGAGCAGUAACAGAAGUAGAUCAACGUAAGGAAAAGAAACAGAGAAGAAAAGAGAGAGAGGCCAAAGCACCAAUCAUAGAAGUGGUGCUGGGGAAAGUGCCAUUGUCCCCACACAUGAUACCUAAAAAGCAGUUGACUGCAACACAACCAGACAUGCCACCUGUAGUGCUGGAAAUUGAGGGAGAGAAAGUGCCUGUCACCCAAACUCCAGAGGAGGUCACAGCUGAUCAGAAAGACCAAAAACAAGAAGUGGAGGCCUCGCCAGAGAGUAUUGUACCACUGACUGAAGUAUACGACCUGGAGCAGACUAUAGCAGAGGUCGUUCUCGAGAAACCUGUAGAUUCUGUCAGUUUAGCAGAGGCAGAGAAGGUUGAAUCUGAGGUUACUGGAGUGUCAGCAGAAAAAGAAGAGAGCAAAGCACCAGCAGUAGAGGACAGUCAAAUAGCACUUAGUGCAGCUGACACGGUGGCAACUGAGGCUCCAGAUAAGCUGGAAGCAACGAAACCUGAUAUCCCAGUCAUCACAACAGAGGAUACGGUGGCAGAAAUUACAGUUGCAGUUCCAGUGGCAGAGGAAACUGCUGUUGAGUAUGAAGUGGAGGAACCAAAGCCUGCUGCAGUGGAGGAACCAGUUGUACCAGGAAAAGACGCAGUGGUACCAGUAGAGGAACUAGUGGCCCUUGCACAGGAAUCAAAGGCUGCUGUGGAGGAACCAGCAGUCCCAGUAGAAGAACCAGUGGCUGCAGUGGCGGAAGCAGUGACUGCAGUGGAAGAGCCAAAAUCUGCAUUGGAGGAACCAGCAGUCCCAGUGGAGGAACCAAAGUCUGCAGUUGAGGAGCCAGUGCUCUCAGUAGAGGCUACAGUAGAGGAACCGGUGCAGGAACCAGUGGUUUCAGUGGAAGAAACAAAGUCUGCAGUGGAAGAACCAGCAGUCCCAGUGGAGGAACCAUUGGUACUGGCAGAGGAACCAAAGUCUGCAGUGGAGGAGGUAGUGGCCCCAGUAGAGGCUGCAGUGGAGGAACCAGUGGCUGCAGUGGUGGAACCGGUGCAGGAACCAGUGGUCUCAGUAGAAGAAACAAAAUCUGCAGUGGAAGAACCAGCAGUCCCAGUGGAGGAACCCUUGGUACCAGUAGAGGAACCAAAGUCUGCAGUGGAGGAGGUAGUGGCCCCAGUAGAGGCUGCAGUGGAGGAACCAGUGGCUGCAGUGGUGGAAGCAGUAGUUGCAGAGGAGGAGCCAAAGCUCCCAGUAGAAGAACCAGUGGAGAAGCCAGUGGUCAUUGCAGAGGAAACAGAGGCUGUUGUAGAGGAACCAAAGACAGCAGUGGAGGGAGCAGAAGCAGUUGCUCCAGUAGAGGAACCAAAGGCCGUGGUGGAGGAACCAGUUGUCCCAGUGGAAGAACCAAAGGCCAAGGUGGAGGAACCAGUUGUCUCAGUCGAAGAACCAAAGGCAGAGGUGGAGGAACCAGUUGUCUCAGUGGAAGAACCAAAGGACGAGGUGGAGGAACCAGUUGUCCCAGUGGAAGAACCAAAGGCCGAGGUGGAGGAGGAAGCAAAAGCCCCAGUGGAGGCCCCAGUAGAAGAACCAGUUGUCCCAGCAGAGGAGCCCGUCAUCCCAGUACAGGAACCAAAGGUCACAGAAGAGGAACCAAAACUCUCAGUAGAGGCUGCAGUAGAGGAAGCAGUGGAGGAACCAACAGAACCAGCGGUCCUAGUGGAGGAACCAACGCCCACAGUGGAGGAACCAACGCAACCAGCAGCCCCAGUGGAGGAACCAACAGAACCAGCGGUCCUAGUGGAGGAACCAACGCCCGCAGUGGAGGAACCAACGCAACCAGCAGCCCCAGUGGAGGAACCAACAGAACCAGCGUCCCCAGUGGAGGAACCAGAGACUGCAUUGGAGGAGCCAUCAGACGAGGCAGAGGCCCCAGUUUUCUCUCCCCUGCGAAGCUUCUCCCCCCAGGAGGAUCUCUCUGUGCUGCCUGAGCCCGAGCACCUCAAAGAUGUCGACAGGACGGUGGCGGAGGAGCUCGGUUUUGAAAUGGUCACUCAGCAGCAGACCCAGGAGGAUGCUGCCCCAGCAGUAGAGGCCAUUCCUGAGGAGAAGGAAGAGGAUGAAGGCCUUGUAGAAGAGGACACUAGCAAGGCUUUAGAGGAGGAGGAGGAGGGACUGGAAGAGCCACUGGAAGGGGACUAUGAGAUGGUUGAGGAGUCGGAGAGCAUCCUUCUGUCGGAGAAAGACCAAGCCAAAAUGGAAGCAGUGGAUGCCUUUUGUCUGGAAUGCCAGUGUCCUGUGCUGAUGCUGGAGGAACAUCUAAAUCACGAAAUGUGCAGUUUGGAUAAAGCAUUCGAAGUUUUGAAGGAAAGGCUCAGUAAUUGGAUAUCUACAUUGCAAGAAAGGACAGAAAACAUCGAAGACAUGGUGUCGGAGAUUGAGAUGGCCUACAAUGUAGUAGAGGAAAAUUGUAAGGCUGGUGAAGAGGCCAUGGAUGAGCAGAACGAGGAGAUGCUGAAGCUGGUGAUGGACCAGUACAACGAGAUGUCCAACGCCAUGGAGGACGAGAAGAAGGGCAAGCUGGAGAAGCUCUACGACCAGAUCGUCUCGUUUCAGGAGAGCAUUGACGACGCUAAAGACGCCCUCGUCACGGAUACCAGGGACGAUGACGAGGCGGAUCCUCUCACAUAUGUGUCUAUAUCCAAAGACAUAAAUCAGAGCCUGGGUAAAGCUCUGGAGUCUACGAUGUCCCUGGAGCUUGGUGCGCGAGGACUGUCUGUGUUCGACGACUACGCCAAGGGCUCCAACAACGGCCAGAAGCACCGUAAAGGCAUUCCAGUGCCCCAGAAGCCCCACAUCCAGCCGCAGGAGGCCAACUCCGCCACCAGCACGUCUGUCACCGUUUACUGGACCGUCAACGAGGGAGAUAUCAUAGACUGCUUCCAGGUGUACUGCAUGGAGGACCCACAAGGAGCCAUCUCGGAGGAGUACCGGGUGACAGUGAAGGAGAGUUACUGCACCCUGGAGGAGCUGGAUCCAGACAAGAGCUAUAAGGUGUGGGUGAUGGCCGUCAACUACACGGGAUGCAGCCUGCCCAGCGAGAGGCUAUCCUUCAAGACAGCUCCAUCUGUGCCGGUGCUCCACCCUGAGCAGUGCACGGUGCUGUGGGACUCGGCCACCCUGCGCUGGGCCUGCGAGCUGCCAUCUGCCGCCGAGAGCUUCACGCUCGAGUACUGCCGACAGUACGCCUGCGAGGGAGAGGGGCUCAGGUCUAUUUCAGGGAUAAAGGGCUUUGAGCAGAGUGUGUUACUGCAGGCCAAUGAGAACUACCUGUUCUACAUCAAGGCAGCCAACGCGGCCGGGAGCAGCGAACAGAGCGAAGCAGCCCUCAUCUCCACACGAGGAAGCAGAUUCCACAUGGUGAAGGAGACGGCUAGUCCUGCUCUCCGGCUGUCGGAGGACAAGACCACAGUCUUGUACUCACAGGACACCUUUGAUGAAAUGUCCUCUAUCAAUGAAUGUCCCACCAUUCUGGGUGAGCUGCUCCCUAUGAAAGGCUACUAUUACUGGGAGACGGUGGUGUCGAGCUGCCCCUCCUACCGCCUUGGUGUGGCGUACGACUCCUCUCCCGGCGACGGCCUUCUGGGGGAGAACAGCUCCUCCUGGUGUUUGCACUGCGUUCCUGCAGCCUCCAGCUGUCGGUUCGAGCUGCUCCACGACAGCGUGGAGACGGACAUCUUCGUGGUGGAGGUCCCGGGCCGCGUCGGCACGCUGCUGGACCUGUCCGGGGGCCGGCUGGUCUUCUUCAACGCCCAGAACGGCCACCUGCUGGCGUCCGCCCAGCACCGCUUCACCCGGCCCUGCUGCGCCGCCUUCGGCCUGGAGAGCCCCGGCAGCCUCUCCCUGCCCCUGCUGCUGGAGGUGCCCGAGUUCGCCCGGCAGCACUGCUAGUGUGGUGGUGGCGGCGCACGAUAAGCACUUGCUGCAAUAGUAGCCCCCCCAACAGUUCAACAGUUUGAAGAGGCCCCUCUACCCUCACUCUUCUUAUGUAGGCUGCCUAUGCCUGCCUUAGCGGCCAACAUCUCCCCACCUCCCCACGCUUCUUCCCACUCUGUAUCCCCAUGCCCCUGUCCUGCAGGUGCCACUACACUCUACUAGCGUGGUAGCGCUCUUGUAGCAACUGCCCCCCCCCCUCCUCCGCCCAUUCUGUAGACCCCCCCAACCCCCCCAAUGCAACCUUCUGUAAAGUGAUGCACUUGCACCCCUCAGCCACCCACCAUCAUCACCCCGCUUGACAGUUUGUGAUGCACUGCAAGUGCACCCAGACACACAGUGCAGCGGUAUGACAUGCUGUAGCCUACACCCGACACCCACACUCCCUUAUUCCACUUACCCCCCCCCAUCCCCAUGCCCCCAUGUGGUCUCCUCUAGAAUUUAAGGACACCACUGAGGCCCCCUCUUUAGCACCCCCUCACCCUCACCCCCACCCCAACCCACUUCCCCACUUGUGUCAACGGCUUCAGUGAUAAUUGAGCACCCUCACACCUUGUCCAUGUCCAAGCCUUCCCCAUCCCUGUCCAUGUCCAAACAUCCCCUAUCCCGCAACAUAUCUGCUCAUCACUACCGUUUUUUGUAGCAACCCUGUGUCUGUGAUUGUGAAUGGAAACCUUUUUGGAGUUUUUGAAGUUACUUGGCGCAGCACAGGGUGUGUGAGUAGUUGGUGUGAUUGGGUUUGUUUGUAGAGUUUUCAGUGGAUUCAGAUUGUGUUUGCGAGAGGAGAAUAGCUUUUUGUUUACACAGAAAUGUUCUCCAAGUAGGUAGAUGUUAUUGAAAUACUAUGCCAUUUGCAAUAAUUGAAUUAGAAGUCAGUGAAUACACAAAUUGUUUUGUAAAUAUUGGAGCGUUGGCUAAAGAGAUUGAUUAUAAUUAAUUGAAGAAUGUAAUAAUUUCCUAGAUAACAUUUAUCACUCUUUUCAUUGACAGUUAAAUCCUGUAAUUUAAUUUUCUUUUCUAGUUAAAGUACUUCCAAGGCAAUGUGAACACUUGCAUAUCAAUGCCAAUUUAUGUAUGACUUGAAAAAAGUCCUUGUUUUUCUUCCUUUUUUUUCUUUGGUCAAAGA